GACAACUUUGCAGAACAUUGACUUAUUUAUGAAAAAGGGAUGUAUUGUUCUAAACUCAUACUUACUCUCAAACCUGCGGACCUAAAAGACAUAAACAUCCAUCCACGAAAGGCCAUAUCGCUGUGACUUUUGUCUGCUCGGUUUUCGGCACCAAAAUAAACUCGGACAGGUCGUUGCCUUGUCUCACCUUUGACCCCGGAAGCUUUCUAACUGUAUUGUGGGUAACGAGUUCCAAUCAUGGCGCCUGGUCGAGAGUUGGAAAUGCUGCAAAAGCAACUUCAAGACGAACUCGAUAAAUUAAAAAAUGUUCAAAAAGAUUACCAAAAAGCUUUGGCUAAUCGACAACAGCUUGAUUCACAAUUGAAUGAAAACAAAAUUGUUAAAGAUGAACUGGACAUACUUGAAGAUGAUGGUAAAGUUUUUAAAUUAAUGGGACCUGUGUUGGUGAAACAAGAUGUGGAAGAGGCAAAGCAGAAUGUAGGGAAACGAAUAGAAUACAUAUCUAGCGAACUGAAAAGAAUUGAAGACAGCAUCAAAGAUUUAGAUAAAAAGCAAGACACGCAUAGAGAAUCACUGAGUAAAUUACAACAGAAAUUUCAACAAGCUCAGAUGAAACAAAUGACAAAAUAAAACAAAUGUAUUUAAUGUAGAAUAUAAAUAGAUAUGUAGCUUAUAGUAUUGUCUGUCAUGGAUGCUUACUUAAGGUGUUGAAAUAAACUGGUCAUGAAAACCAACAUCUUCCCUUUAAUUUUCUUAGUGGUUAUUGUUUUGACUUUAACUCUUCGUCCUACCUGUAACACAACCAGAGGUGCUGGAAGGUAAAAAUCAUUCACAGAAUUUAAAUCUUCUGUUUAAACCACAUAACUGAUGUGUUUUGUCGAGGAUGAAAAUUGUUUUCUGUCAGAUUUUGAAUGAAGGUAUUGAAAUGAAAUACUACUACAGGUAAAUGGUGAAUAUUUGCUAUACAGAGCAUUCCACACUUGAAUACAAUAAAUUAUGUGAUAAAUUUCUGUAUGCAAAUUUUUUGCAAAGUCAUAAACACUGUGAAGAAUGUUCCAAUUGAUAGGGAGAUAGUGAUUUUUAUGAUCCGUUUAUUUCAGCACCUGUUUUGCCUGUGCGCAUAUGAAAGCUACCUAAUUGUCAUUGUCAUUUCAUUUUUUUUUUCACUUUUAAACUAAAUUGGCUUUUUAUUUUCAGUAUAUUUUCACAUCUGUCCAAAUGUAAAAGCGACUUCAGUACCCGGUACACUGCAUUGUUGUUAAUAAACUUUUUUUAUUU